UCACACACUUGGUGGUGUAGAGAUUUCAGCGAAUAUAUAUUCAUACCAGCGAACGGAGGCUCUCUCUCUCUGUGGUAAAACAAAUAUAGAAGUAGUUGCAGUGAAAAAAAGACUAUCAAAAACAAAUCAAAGUAUACAUAAACUUUAAGAACAAACAAAAAUAAUAAUGUCGUAUUCGUCCAGUUAGUUGGUUCGUUUUGAAAAAUCUAGUGAAGAUAAUCGAUAUUAACGCUCAUUUGGGCAGCAAACGUGACGUGUUCUAUUUGACGAAUUAAAUCGAACGAAUCGCUUGAUUAAGCGUCGCGCUAAAGCAACAACAAAAAAGAUAGCAAACGCGAAGAAACAUUUAAAUAUACAAUCGCUGCUUAUUAUUUUUUUUUGGAAAAGUGUAAAGUGCGUAGCCAAAAAGGCGCAAAUGGAAAAAAACUAAGUUCUAAUAAACUUUAAAAAGCUGAAAGCAAAAUUCCGCAAGCUUUCGAAUAACAAUUUACGAAUAAACGUUUGAGCGCUAAGCUUCCUUCUUACGUUGGAAAUCCAGUCACUCUGGUAAACAGUUUCUACGUCGCAAACACGCAGUUCUGGAAUACGUCAAAAUGACAGUCUCAACUUUGAAUAUGACACCGUAUUUCGCUGGAUAUCCCUUCCAAGGUCAAGGACGCGUUAAUCAACUCGGCGGCGUCUUCAUCAACGGACGCCCACUACCCAAUCACAUUCGCCGCCAGAUUGUCGAAAUGGCCGCUGCCGGCGUACGUCCUUGCGUCAUCUCUCGCCAGCUGCGCGUUUCGCAUGGCUGCGUUUCGAAGAUACUAAAUCGUUACCAGGAAACCGGCUCCAUACGUCCGGGUGUAAUUGGCGGCAGCAAACCACGCGUCGCCACUCCCGAUAUUGAGUCCAAAAUUGAGGAGAUGAAAAAUGCCAGUCCGGGCAUUUUCAGCUGGGAAAUACGCGCUAAACUCAUCGAGUCUGGCAUGUGCGACAAAAACACGGCGCCAUCAGUUAGUUCUAUCAGUCGUUUGCUGCGUGGUGGCGCGCGCUCUGAGUCGGGCAGCUCGGCGCACUCCAUCGAUGGCAUUUUGGGCGCAGGCGGUCUGUCAAAUGGUUCCGGCGAUGACAGCGAGGACGAUGCGGAGCCGGGCGUACAAUUAAAACGCAAGCAGCGUCGCUCACGCACCACCUUCUCGAAUGAUCAAAUCGAUGCUUUGGAGCGCAUAUUCGCGCGCACACAAUACCCAGAUGUCUACACACGCGAGGAGUUGGCACAGAGCACCGGCUUGACUGAGGCACGCGUUCAAGUUUGGUUCUCAAAUAGGCGCGCACGCUUACGCAAGCAACUCAAUACCACACAACAAGUGUCGGGCUUUGGCGCUGGCGCUUCGAGUGGUCUCGCUUCGGCGGGUUUCGCUAGCGCUGCUGCCGUUGCUUCGCAGUACCAUUCACAUCACCAUCAUCAUCAUCAUUCAAGUGCCGCCGCUGCUGCAGCUGCCGCUGCACACUCAAUGUCAGCCUCAGCCGCAGCGUUGUCACACAAUCAUUCACAUCAGAUGGGUUUGUAUAGCCAGGCUUGGAAUACGUUCGGCAGUAGCGCUACACAAGUCGCCGCCGUAGCUGCCGCUUCAGCUUCAAAUGUUUUCGAGCCGCAUCAGAACUAUGGUCACUCAAGCGGCUCAGUGGCUUCCAUGUCACCGACAAGCAGCACAAGUUCGGCUUCGUUGAGUCCAGUGCAUCAGGCUGGCGCAAAUGUUGGUAACGUCAGUGCUGGCAACAGCAACAAUAAUAUUGGCAGCGGCAACAACUUCACCAACUCUAGUACUAGCUAUGGCAUGUCAUCGGCAGCAGCAACCACAACCACCACAGCUGCCGCGACAGCGGUCAACAGCAGCUCCUCAGCUACCACGGCUGCCUCGUCAACCUCGUCAGCUGCUUAUGCCUCUUCUGCGUCGACUUAUGGCUUGGGCGCUAGCAAUAGCUUCACGACUGCCACUUCAGCUGAGCAGCUGCGCUCGCAAUUCGCUUCGGCCGCUGCUUCGGGCUCGCAUCAUCCAGCCAUGUCCUCAUGGGACUCCUACAACUUCCCUGGCUCGUUCUUCCCGUCCGGCGCCAAUCACAUGGGUGGCUACUCACAGGGUAUGGGCGAACACAAGUCGGCUGCUGGCGCCGCCGCGGCCUACCCAUAUUUUGGAUUUUAGAGAUCGACAGGGUAGAAAUUUUUACCUGUUUGAGGUUUUUGUUUGGAAUCAUAAUGAUAAAACUGUAAAAUCUGUAAAUUUAUAUGCUCUGACUUAAAGAAAACUACUUUAGUAUAGAUUAAAAGUGAAAGACAACACAUCCAGCUGACUAGUUAAAAUAAAGCGGUGCCUCUUAGCGUUUAAGUUCCCAAUGAUUCUUAUUUAGGUUUUGAGUUUAAUAUUGUAGAGAAAUAAAAUGUAAAAACUUGUUCGUGUAGAGUUCAAGACUGAAUACUGUAUUU